GAGCCGUGGAGACUCGGGGUGGCUCGAGACGCGGCUCCGUCAACUUCCUCCGGCUCGCGGGGGACCCGCGCGCUGUUGCCCUGACAGUGGCGCGAGCCGGUCGCGGUUUUUCGUAAAUGAAUAGUCCGCUGGGAUCGGAUCAGCGUCAAUCAAGUGCGUUUUCAGGGGCUGUAACUGCUCUGUUUCAGGUGUUCGGCCAGUUCGCCAUGACCCGACGGGGAACAACACGCACAAUCAGGGAUGAUCCUCCGAGCUCCGGCCUGCGCCUCCUGGAAGCCUUCUCCCUUGUGACCUCUCCCCGGCGAGUGCAGGACCGUGGCCUGUCCCAGCGGCUCGUCUCCUAGGCCCCUUCCGGAGCCUGCUCAUCCUCUCUCUGCGCCCCCCUCGCUCCACUGUUCCCCUCACGGGCCCCUGACCGACGCCCAGAAACUCCCGCUUCGAGGGUCCUGUAAGAUCCAAGGAAACAAAGAUGUCGAUCUUUAGAAACAAUUUCUGGGGGGAUAAGAAUGCUGGCUUUGAUGUUCUCUACCACAACAUGAAACAUGGGCAGAUCGCCACCAAGGAGCUGGCGGAGUUCGUCCGCGAGAGGGCGGCCAUUGAGGAGACUUAUUCAAAGUCCAUGAAUAAAUUGGCCAAGAUGGCGAGCAACAGCAGCCAGCUGGGCACCUUCGCUCCCAUGUGGGAUGUGUUCCGGGUGUCCUGCGACAAGCUGGCCCUGUGCCACCUGGAGCUGAUGAGGAAGAUGAAUGAUCUCAUCCGCGACAUCAACAAGUACGGGGAGGAACAGGUCAAAAUUCACCGCAAGACGAAGGAGGAGGUGACAGGGACGCUGGAGGCCGUGCAGAACCUGCAGGCGUCCAGCAGCCACCUGCAGAAAUCGAAGGAGAACUACCACAGCAAGUGCCUGGAGCUGGAGCGCCUGCGCCGAGAGGGGGCGCCGCAGAAGGAGCUGGAGAAGGCGGAGUCCAAGUCGAAGAAAGCCGCCGAGUCCUUCAGCACCUGCGUGGAGAAGUACAACCGGGUGGGCGGGGACUUCCAGCAGAAGAUGAGCGAAUCAGCACAGUUGGUGUUUGUGUUUUUGCUGAUGUGUGUGCAGAAGUUCCAGAGCAUCGAGGAGGCCCACCUGCGGCAGAUGAAGCUGCUGAUCAAGUCCUAUUCCCACUCCAUAGAGGAUACCCAUGUGCAAGUGGGACAGGUUCAUGAGGAAUUCAAACAGAAUGUGGAAAACAUUGGGAUUGAGAAUCUCAUCCAGAAAUUUGCUGAGCAGAAAGGGACAGGCAAGGAGAGGCCAGGUACCCCCAGUUCUGCUUGCCUGACUGGUUGGGAGAAGGUUUUUUCCCGUUUGGCGUCUGUGGGCUUCGAGGAGUACAGCUCCAGCACCGUGCUGGAGGUGGGGAAGAAGAUCCGCAACAAGGCCUUCCGCAUCCCAGGGCUGGGAAAGAGGGAGAAGGAGCCCGACUCCACGGAUUCUGCUGUUACUGAAGCACCAAACUCCCCCGAGGUGGACGCAGAGGGCUUUGUGAUCCGUGCGGACAUCAACCAGAACGAUGAGAAAGAGACCAACUUCUACUCCAGUGACUCUGACUUCGACGACGACGAGCCCAAGAAGUUCCACAUCCAGAUCCGGCCUGUGGCCAGCGGGGGCCGGCACAGUUCUGCGGCGGCCGAGCAGGAGCUCAAGGCCACUGUGGGGGCUCUGACCCUGCCCCCGCAGAGAGGGGUGUCUGUCAAGAGGCAUCUCACAAGAAACUCCAGCUCUGUGACAGGAGUGCGCUCUGGAGGAGAAGGGGACAGCGCCACCCAGAGGAACAAUGAACAAGACAGAUUGCGAAGGUGUACUACAUCCAGCCCUGAGCACAGCAGGAUCAGUUCUACAGUCCCGGGUUCAGAGACACUGUUCGGUCCACCCCUAGACUCUGCUUUCAAACCCAACACCUUUGCAGAUGCUGCCUUUUCCUCCGAUUCCUCCUCUCCUGAGAAUGUGGAGGACUCUGGUCUGGACUCCCCUUCCCAUCCACCCCUGGGGCCGUCCCCAGAGCCCUGCGCCUGGGCGGCCUGGCCGGGGGCGUCGCACAGCAAGGAGCUGGGGCUGGCGGGCGACCCCUUCCUGGCCGCCUUCCGCGACCCCUCCCCCGGCCGCCCCCCCGCGCCCCCGGAGGGCACAGGGGGGUGGAGCGCACCCUCCCGCAGCCCCGAGGAGCCCCCCCUGCCCAGCUUCGCCCCGGCGUUCGGCCACCCGUCCUGCUCGGGGCGGGAGCCCUCUCUGUGGGCCGGCCCGCAGGGCUGCAAGCACAUCCCACCCGAGGACCCCUUCCUGGUGGCCAUCGAGAGGACUCUCGACGAGAGGGCCGCCCCCGAGCCCUGGGACCCCCCCCCUCGCCCAUCCUGGGACGGGGGACCCCUCGAGGGCCGCGCGGACCCCCCCGGUGACGCCAAGCCCCCCGCCCCGCCUCAGGGCAAGGUCCCGAAGGAGCGGGGGGCCCCCAGCCUGGACUCCCCCGAAGACCCCUUCUCCAUCACCAUGGUCGGCAGCCCCACGCACCGGUCCUCCCUGGCCGGCCAGCAGCCCUGCAAGCCCGCGGGCCCCGCGGCCCGGCCCGGCCGGAAGGAGCUGGUGCGCUGGAACUCGGUGCACAACCCCUUCGCGGAUCGGGAUCGGGAUCGAGAGCGGGACCGGGACGGCGGCAGGAAGAAGCGCACGCCCGAGCCGGAGUCCUGGAGGAACGGCCUUCCUCUGACGCGGCACACGGGCCCCCAGGAGGACCUGUGUUACCCCUCCGCGGGAGAUCCGGGGCUCUCGGAGAAGGAGCAGGCCUGCUACAACCUGAACAGGCAGACCUCUCGCAGCACAGGAACGCCGCCGCCUUCCCGACGGGACAUUUCCGAGGUGCUGGUGGUGGCGCCCCCCCGGCCCUCCCGGUCCAGGAGAGCCGCUGGGGGCCGGCUGACCGGCAGCGAGCGGUCCAGGUCCGUGUGCUCGUCUCCACUCCCGGGGCCCAGCCCCCCCUUGACCUCCUCCUCCUCUUCGAGCCCCAGCGACUGGGGGGGGCACACCCCCACCCCCCGCCCCGCCAGCCCCAGCCGAGGUCUCUCACGCGGCCCCAGCCCCAUCUCCCUCAGCACUCAGGAGGCCUGGCCCGUGGCAGCAGCCAUCACUGAGUACAUCAACGCCUACUUCAAAGGAGGAGAGCACAACCGCUGUCUGGUGAAGAUCACUGGAGACCUCACCAUGUCCUUCCCUGCUGGCAUCACACGUGUCUUCACAGCCAAUCCCAAUGCACCUGUCCUCAGUUUCCGAUUGGUCAACAUUGCACGAGUGGACCACUUCCUGCCCAAUCAGAAACUUCUAUACAGUGACCCAUCCCAGAGCGAUCCGGAAACCAGGGAUUUCUGGUUCAACAUGCAGGCUCUCCAACUCCACCUGCAGAGAGAGGCUGAACUCAACCCCCAGGCCUCAUACUACAACGUAGGCCUCCUCAAAUACCAGGUCUCGUCCCAGGACCCUGGCUGCGCCCCGCUGCUGCUGUCGGCGGAGUGCCAGCGCAGUGGCACCGUCACCCGCGUCUCGCUGGACUACCACUGCUGCCCGGCCACCGCCCCCGCCUCCCAGCUGAGCGGCGUGCAGGUGGUGCUGCCCCUGGAGGAGACGGCCAGCGACGUGCAGUGCCAGCCCCCCGGGGUGUGGAAUGCGGAUGAGCACCGGUUGUUAUGGAAACUGCCCAAUAUCUCCCCCACAGCCGAUAGCAAAGGCUCGGGCACGCUGUGUGCCAGCUGGCAGUGCCUGCAGGGGUCCAGGGCUUCCCCGCCAAACAUUGGGGUACAGUUCUUGGGCUCCGGGGCCUCCCUGUCUGGGCUGGACAUCGAGCUGGUGGGCAGCCGCUACCGGAUGUCGCUGGUGAAGAAGAGGUUCGCUACAGGGAAGUACAUGGCCGGGUGCUCAUUGUGAGGACAGAGGCCGUCUGCUCCUCUGCUGAACGCUUGCAGAAACUCUCUCUUUUGCACUUUUCAACUCCCCUCCGAGAACUUCAGUCUUCACCAUGAGAGGAGGGGAGGAUCCGGUGGCAAAUUUUGGAUCCUGAUGGGAACAUUUUUGGGUAUGUGGGGUGAAAUGAUCUAGCAGACUUGGUGCAGGCUUGGCAGGAGCCUUGCAUCAGGAUUUCACUCCCAGCAUUAUCUGCACUCUGCUGGGAUAGGUUUUAGGGAAUUCCAAUUUCCUGAAUGUGUCUCAGAGAAAAAAACAAGCUCCUGAGAACUUUACCUCUUCCUUCAGCUCUUCGGUUGUACAUACGGUAUACAGAGACGUUCUGGAUUGUCCCUUUGGAAUUAUUUGGUGUUUGUUGUAUGCGAUUUGGAUUGUGUGGUUCUUGGAUUAAGAAGUUUUAAUUAUUAAGGGCAGCAGUGGGAUUCACCGAGAAUACAAAAAAACAGUCAUGAA